UCACCAAACUACGGCCCGCGGGCCGGAUACGGCCCGUCAGCACAUUUGGCCCGGCCCUCUGAACAAUACCAGAGACGCUAUCAAAUUUUUUUCCUAUUUGGCCUCCAGAAAAAAAAUCCUAGGCCCGGCCCUGUCAAAGAGAGAACGGAAUAAUGGCGAAAAGGUUAGGUAAGAGAAAAAUUGAUUCAGAAUGCAGGGUAUUUAACCUGCAGUGGACAAACAAUUUUUUUUUUGUUCAAUGCAAAGAAAAGGCUGUUUGUCUCAUCUGUCAAGAGACGGUGGCGGUAUUCAAAGAAUACAAUCUUCGCCGACACUAUGAAUCCCGUCACAAAGACAAGUACGAUAGCUUGCAAGGCCAAAUACGAGCAGACAAACUCUCAAAGCUAAAAAGUGGACUACUAUCUCAGCAGAAUACAUUUGUACGCCAAGCUCAGCUGAACCAGGCAUCCGUUCGGGCCAGCUUUCGGGUUGCUAAACUGAUAGCAAGAAGCGGUAAGCCUUUCACUGACGGAGAGUUUGUUAAGAAAUGUAUGGAUGCUGUCGCGGAGGAGGUGUGUCCCGAGAAGAAAGAUGCAUUUAAUGCCGUAAGUCUGUCGGCGAGUACAAUCACCAGACGCGUUGAAGAAAUCGGGAGUAAUGUAUAUGCCCAGCUGCAGCAGAAGACGAAAGAAUUUGACUUUUUUUCAUUAGCACUGGAUGAGAGCACGGACGUGCAAGACACAGCGCAACUGCUCAUUUUUAUUCGUGGAGUUAGCGCAAACUUUGAGAUAUGCGAGGAGCUGGCAGCCCUCCAAAGUCUCAAAGGGACUACAACGGGAGAGGAUAUUUUUGACAAAGUGUGCCAAACCAUGGAGAAGUUGGACCUGGACUGGUCAAAGCUAGCUAGCAUCACGACUGACGGGGCUCCUAGCAUGGUGGGCGAAACUCGCGGUCUAAUAGGACGCAUGAACCGGGAGUUGGAAAAAAGGGGUCUCACCGCCCCACUACGAGUCCACUGCCUAAUUCACCAGCAAGCACUGUGCUGCAAAGUGUUGAAGUGGGAUUCUGUAAUGAAGGUUGUGGUGUCGUGCAUAAACUUCAUCAGAGCAAAGGGACUGAAACACAGGCAGUUCCAAGAAUUCCUGUCUGAACUGGAGUCUACGCACAGAGAUGUGCUGUACUACACAGAGGUCAGAUGGCUGAGCCGGGGCAGAGUUUUGAGGCGUUUUUACGAGCUGCUACCCGAAAUUAACGCAUUUCUUCAUUUAAAAGACAAAACGGUCCCAGAGCUGAUCUGGCACCUCGCAUUUUUAACAGACGUGACAGAAAUACUUAACAGCCUUAACUUGCAGCUACAAGGCGAGGGGAAACUCAUUUGCGACAUGUAUUCACACAUAAAAGCAUUUGAGGUGAAAUUAGCGCUGCUUUUGGAACAAGUGAAAAAGCGCAACUUCGUCCAUCUUCCUGCUACCCAAAACCUGUCGACAGAGAACCCAGCGGUCCCGUUCCCAGCUGAAAAGUGCGUGGAAGCACUGGAAAUGCUGAAGGCGGAGUUCGGUGUGCGAUUCAGUGAACUACAUGUUCAUGCAAAAGAAAUCCGUCUUUUUCAGAACCCCUUUGUUGCCGACAUUGAUGAAGCCCAGCCUUCAUAUCAGUUUGAGUUGGCUGAGUUACAGAACUGUGAUGUUCUGAAAGACGCAUUCAAGCCCAACAGUCUCAUUGACUUCUAUGCCGCCCUCCCAAACGACACAUAUCCAAACAUCAAAAAACACGCAAUGAAAAUGUCCACAGUUUUUGGCAGCACGUAUAUCUGCGAGAAAACCUUUUCUCGCAUGAAACUGCUGAAAACCCCGAUGAGAUCAAGAUUGACAGAUGAACAUUUGCAUCAGUGCUUGAGACUGGCUGUAACUAGAAUGGAACCUGAUAUUCAACUUCUCACCAGCCAGAUGCAGGCCCACAGUUCACACUGAUGAACAUACAUAGGGAAGUUGAUGAGAGAGAGCUGCAAACAGCGGUGUCUACAAGCCUACUGGAACCUACAAAAGGAUUAUAAGGAAGGAACACAAGAACUUUAAGAGACUGCUCAUAUGUGUCAGAGAGAUUCUGCUCUGACAACUGAGCUGAACUUUUAUCUGUUAAGAUUGUGCAUGGCACGACAGAAAGUUAAUGUUCCAUGGCUUUUUUUUCUAUGAAGAACCCAGAGAGAGUUAUUUAGUUAUUAUUUAUUUCCUGUUUUUUCUGUGAAGAACUCAGAGAGGGUUAUUUAGUUAUUAUUUAUUUCAUUAAUAGUGUUAUUAUUUGUUUCCUGACUUUUUUUCUGUAAAGAACCUGGAAAGGGUUAUUUGGUUAUGUGUGGCUUUCUGGAAAACAAUAAAUUUUUUAAGUUCCCCUACGAUCGUCACACUUUUUCUGUUACAAACUGACA